GACCCGCAGUUUCACAGAAAACCCCUCGUCUCUUUCGCCAUUUCGGAUUCCCCACCCGACGAGUCUCCGACCACUUCCCACACCGGCGCCUCCACGCCGAGAUCUCCUUCCCUCUCCACCGCCGGCGACCGCCGCGGCGCGGCGAGGCCCUCGGGGUCUAGGGUUUUGUACUCAGAUGCGUCCCCUCCUCGCCUUCGCGGCGGUAUGCGCCCUUCUCGUGGCUGCCGCAGCGCCGGCGGCCGCGGAGGAGGAGAAGGCGAACAAGUUCCGGCAGCGCGAGGCCACCGACGACAUGCUUGGAUACCCCCACCUUGAUGAAGAUGCUUUAUUGAAGACCAAGUGUCCAAAACAUGUAGAGCUGAGAUGGCAGACUGAAGUUAGUUCCAGCAUUUAUGCAACUCCGUUGAUCGCUGAUAUCAACAGCGAUGGAAAGUUGGAAGUAGUGGUGCCAUCAUUUGUUCAUUACCUGGAAGUUCUUGAAGGCUCUGAUGGGGACAAAUUGCCAGGAUGGCCUGCAUUUCACCAGUCAAAUGUUCAUUCAAGUCCACUUCUAUAUGAUAUUGACAAGGACGGGACACGGGAAAUAGUUUUGGCAACUUACAAUGGUGUAGUGAAUUUCUUCAGGGUAUCAGGUUAUAUGAUGAUGGACAAGCUAGAAGUACCUCGUAGGAAGGUACACAAAGACUGGUAUGUUGGGCUGAAUACAGAUCCCGUUGACCGCUCCCAUCCAGAUGUUCAUGACAGCUCAAUUGCAAAGAAAGCUGCUUCUGAAGAAUCUCACCCAAAUAUUCAGGACAAGCCAGUUGUGAAUGAAUCUUCUAAGGAAUCCCAGUCACGGAGCACAAAUGACUCAACAACACGAGGAGUUGAUUCCAUGAAACAUGCGUCUAAGGAAGAGCCAGUUGAAAGUAAACCUAAUUCUACCCGAGGACAGGAGAAUAUGGAUGUGUUAAACAAUCUAAACAGCACAGAUGCUGGGAACAACUCUAGUUUAAGUACUACAACAGAGAAUGCAUCACAUGUUCAGAGAAGGUUGCUUCAAACAGAUGAGAAAAGUAAUCAAGCAGGAAGCUCAGAAACUGAUGCAAGUGAUACCGGAACAGCAAAAGCAGCUACUGUUGAAAAUAGCGAGCCUCUAGAGGCUGAUGCUGAUGCAUCAUUUAAUUUGUUUCGGGAUGUAGAAGAUCUGCCUGAUGAGUACAAUUACGAUUAUGAUGACUACGUUGAUGAAACCAUGUGGGGAGACGAGGACUGGAAAGAACAACAACAUGAAAAGGCAGAAGAUUAUGUGAGCAUAGAUGCUCACAUCUUGUCCACCCCAGUGAUUGCAGAUAUUGACAGAGAUGGCAUACAAGAAAUGGUGAUUUCUGUAUCUUACUUCUUUGACCACGAGUAUUAUGAUAAACCAGAACAUCUAAAGGAGUUAGGAGGGAUUGACAUUGGCAAAUAUAUUGCAAGCAGUAUAGUUGUUUUUAACCUUGACACAAGACAAGUCAAAUGGACUGCAGAACUUGAUUUGAGUACAGAUAGUGGAAAUUUUACUGCCCAUGCAUAUUCUUCGCCGACCGUGGUUGAUUUGGAUGGUGAUGGAAAUUUGGAUAUUCUUGUUGGAACUUCCUUUGGCUUGUUUUAUGUUAUCGAUCAUCGUGGUAAGGUUAGGAACAAGUUCCCACUUGAGAUGGCGGAGAUUCAUGCACCAGUCAUUGCAGCAGAUAUCAAUGAUGAUGGGAAAAUCGAGAUGGUCACUGCUGAUGUCCAUGGCAAUGUAGCAGCAUGGACUGCAGAGGGAGAAGAAAUCUGGGAGGUUCAUCUUAAGAGUCUUAUCCCACAGCGCCCUACUGUUGGUGAUGUUAAUGGAGAUGGUCGCACUGAAGUUGUGGUCCCAACCGUGUCAGGAAACAUAUAUGUUCUUAGUGGAAAGGAUGGCUCAAAAAUUCAGCCUUUCCCAUAUAGAACGCAUGGAAGGAUCAUGAGUCCUGUUCUAUUGCUUGACAUGAGCAAACAUGAUGAAAAGUCUAAAGGCCUCACCCUUGCUACUACAUCCUUUGAUGGUUACUUGUAUUUGAUUGAGGGCUCAAGUGGCUGUGCAGAUGUUGUUGACAUUGGAGAGACCUCGUACAGUAUGGUUUUGGCUGAUAAUGUUGAUGGUGGAGAUGACCUCGAUCUUAUUGUUACUACCAUGAAUGGCAAUGUCUUCUGCUUCUCCACUCCCUCUCCGCACCAUCCACUUAAGGAAUGGAGAUCAUCAAACCAGGGAAGAAACAAUGCUGCAUAUCGUUACAACCGUGAAGGUAUUUAUGUUAAACACGGUUCCAGAACAUUCCGUGACGAAGAGGGCAAGCAUUUCUGGGUAGAGUUUGAGAUUGUGGACAAGUACAGGGUUCCUUAUGGGAACCAAGCUCCUUAUAACGUGACGGUUACUCUACUUGUCCCUGGGAAUUAUCAAGGAGAAAGGCGCAUUGUGGUUAAUGCAGCUUAUAAUGAACCAGGCAAGCAGCGGAUGAAGCUUCCCACAGUUCCUGUGAGAACCACAGGAACUGUGCUUGUGGAAAUGGUUGACAAAAACGGGUUCUACUUCUCUGACGAGUUCUCGCUCACCUUCCACAUGCAUUAUUACAAGCUUCUGAAAUGGCUCGUGCUUCUUCCAAUGCUUGGGAUGUUUAGCGUUCUUGUCAUCCUGCGGCCACAAGAAGGCGCUCCGUUGCCAUCAUUUUCAAGGAAUAUUGAUUAGUGAUUUGCACAGUGAAACGUCAGGUCCUCAUAGAAGCAGAUAAGCAGAACAAGAUAUUAGCAGGAUAUCCAAUCACCCAUGAAGGAGCUUGUCCACAUCAUACUGCAUCGGGGAGCUCAAUCUGCACAGAAAAAACCCCUCACGAUGCUGCAUCCCAUCAGUUAGCUAGUUCGGGAAGUACAGCUUUUAGUCAUGCAAAAAGAAUUUUGUCACACUUGAGAUUGUUUUCUAACUUAUGAUAUUUACACAAGGAACUGGCAGCUGUCUGAUCCUGGUUUAACAUCUUGAGAAUUUUAGCCCCAGAUA